UCGCAUACGUUUCUCCUUCGAAUAAAUUCAAGAAUCGAGCCCCUGGAUAUAUUCGAUUUUAUCAGCAAAUUUCCCUUUUGGUGAGAGUCCGGACUAAAUAUAUCCGAUUUUAUGGACAGAAUUGCCUACAUUUAGUCUGUCUUAAUUAAGAGGAUAUCUUUCAACCAUGGAUCUCUCCACGUCAUACUUGAAAAAUUUUCGUCGGUUAUUCAAAUAAAUCAAUCGCGAAAAUUGUUGGAAUGUCGGGCGCCGAACGCCGGCGUCGAUUCGAAGAAAUGACGUAGCGCCGUAAGUAAACACCUCGGUCGAAAACAGUUUUUGUGCCGAGUCAGUCGGGCGCCGAGCGCCGGCCUCGAUUCCAAGAAAUGACGUAGCGCCGUAAACACCUCGGUCGAAAACAGUUUUUGUACGCCGAGUCAGUCGGCGCGGUCGAGUCGAGCGAGGCAGACGUUCCGCGUGUUUUUGCGUGUCGCUCCUCGUAACGCGAUCGUCUCUUACAAAAGUUAUUAACGUGUAUUAAUCGCGUUUAAGUUAUAUUGUCGCGACGAUUAAAUCGAGACGAAUAUCACGACGGUAUUGGUCGUUGGCGCAAACAGGAGCGUGCUAGGGAAUGUGACACGAACAGACCUUGUGUGGAAAUUUAGUUUCUCAAUGUUGCUAGUCCGACUUGGACAAAGUUGGCGAACCUGACUGCAGCAGCCAACUUGACCAGCGUAGUAGUCGGUUGCUUGAAGAAUUUCGAAAGCGUAUUGCGCAUCGCGAAAAGUGAACAAGUAACGGGAAAAGUGAAGAUGCCGGCGCGAAAUUGGACGAUCAACGGCUUCGGACGAAGGCAGCUCCGCCGCUCUCCAUCAGACGAGUGUGAAAUCUGAGCUCGAGAGUCCGUCGCGGCGUCGCUCCCCGAGGAUUCAACGGUCACAGCGCCCCAGCUACUGGUACGUACACUUCGUAACACAGGAACCGAGAAGAGUGUAGAUAAACGGUCCGGAGUCUCGCGAACGAAAGUGCGUCGCGCGGAAAGUAGUGCGAGAAGUGAAGGUAUCGGCACGAAAUCGGGCGAUAAGUGGCUUCAAACGAGGACAGCUUCGUCGUUCUUUAUCGGGCGCGUGUGAUCUGACUCGGAGAGUCCGUCGUUCUCCGAAAAUUCAACGGUCAAAGCUGAAGGGGCGCCCGAGCUACUAGAGUGCACUCACAAGAUCCGCGAGGAGUGUAGAAAAGCCGCCCGAAGUGUCGCGAACGGACUCGGAAAGUAUGCGCGACGCGUGUGUCGUGCGGAAAUUAGUGUGAAAAGCGCAGGCAUCGAUACGAAAUCGGACGAUGAGCGGCCUCGUCGUUCUUUGUCAGACGCGUGUUGAAUCUGAAUUGGAGAAUCCGUCGCGGCAUUCUUCUCCGAAAAUACCAUUUUCGACCUCGGCAUAUCGAAGAUUCCAUUUUGGAUUUCUGAAAAGAUCAUGACGCCGAGAGCCGAGACGAGCCGAGGUCGCGCGAAGCCGCCCGAGGCCAAACUGCGUCGCCAACGAAUUCGAAAAGUGCGCGACUCGCAUCAUCGCGCGGGAAAUAACGCGACGGGUGAGGUUACCGGUGGAAAAUCACCGCGUCGUGGACGGUUUUUGCGACGGGAGAUAACUCGCCGCGUUCCCCGUCGAACGCGUCGGACCAAAGUGACUAUUCGAUUCGAAAGCCGCGUCAGUGCCGCGGACGUCUCUUUCGGAAAGUGAAGUGACGCUGGAACGAGCGGAAGAAGAACUUUCUGGAUCGCUAAUUUUGCUGCCCUCGGCCUGAAUCCGGAACGGAACAACGAGUGUCUGCGUGGCGUGGCAUCGGAGGAUAUUUUUCCGGAGGCGAACGGAACGGAGCAUCACAGGCCGAGCAGACACGAGGAAAAAGAGUUGAACGACUCGCGCUCGAAGGCGGCAAGAAAUCGGCUCGGAUCACCAUGGAUUGGACCCGGGAGAUCUGUCUGACCAGCCUGUUGUUGUUCUGCCUCGGAUGGAUCGGAGAAACAAACGGCCUGAGGAUGCUGGAGCUGGUAGUGCCGCAGCACGCGGUGUACGGGGCAAAUGUAAGCCUCGAGUGCAACUUUAAUCUGGACGGCGAGAAGCUGUACUCGGUCAAGUGGUACAAGGACGGCAACGAGUUCUACCGAUUCGUACCCCAGGAGAAGCCACCUGCUCUGAACUUCGUUCAUCCCGGUGUCACGGCAGUGGUUCACGAGUCCAGUCAACGAAUGGUCACCCUUCGUUCCGUGAACCUCAUGAGCACGGGACGCUACAGAUGCGAGGUCUCGGCGGAGGCGCCGUCCUUCCAGACCGUUUCCGACCACUCGGAUAUGACGGUAAUCGCCCUGCCGGAGGACGAGCCCGUUAUCACGGGACGACCCGUCACGGGGAAACAUCGUUAUCAAGUCGGCGACGUCGUGCGGUUCAAUUGCACUUCGGCGAAGUCGAAGCCACAUGCCACGCUCAGCUGGUUCAUCAACGGCGAGCCCGUCGACCAGCAGUUCUUGAGGCACUACCUCGUUGCCACGGACCGGAACGAUCUGGAGACCUCCACACUCGGUCUAGAGUUCCGUCUGCGCCCGAAGCACUUCAAGAAGGGGGACUUGAAGAUCAAAUGCCUGGCGAGGAUAUAUACCAUGUAUUGGAAAUCGAAUGAGCUCAGCAUAGAGGGUGAGAGGCCUCUGAAGAUACCGGUAAUGGAGAGCAGGGAGACAAGGGCGCAAGGGCACACGCACGCCGAGCAUAUCCUAGCGAGCGGAAGUAUAGCGCUAGGGCCGUGCGUGGUGCUGGUGAUCAUGGGAUUACUGAUGCUGCGGUAAGGAACGAGGGACACCACUCGCCCCACGUGCUCAUCCCCUAGGCCUGUGGAAGCCACCCCCUCCUCCCCCCACCCCGUAAUGCGAUAUGAUUGCGUAAUAUAUAAAAUUACCCGUGUUGUUUAUAUUUUUUAUAAUUGCAAUUAGUGAAGUUAGAGACCACGUAAUAACCGUAGGCAGACGACACUAUCGAACUACCCUUAGACGUUACUCGAAAUGUUCGGAGGGAGUUUUCGUUGUAAGGGAGCCGCGACGGGAUUCUUUCUUUUUCCCUCUCCAGGGGCGAUAAGAGAAUUAUCGGGGAAUUUGCGGCGACUCGGUCGUUCGAUUUUCACGUUUUACACGGAAUCGCUCGCGUCUCUCACGUGCGGCGCGCGCGAGACACGGCGACGGCAACCCGUUGUUCCGUUGUCAUAAUAUUCGUCGAAGGGGGUUGUGCCACCGCCAAUACCUGAUCGAUCGUUUAUCGUGGAAAUUCCGAGUCGCGACUUUUUACAUUGCUUGCGGCGACUCAUGCGUAAAGUGCAUAAAUCAAUUUCUUCGGGCACACACACAGAUACACAUACACACGCAACACGUGGCGCGUGCACUUGGUCUGAAUAUUCCGCCUGUGUGCGGCCAGCGCGUAUCUGCCGUUCGAACCCGUGGCCGCGGGUCCGCGCUUUUAUUGAAUUUUCAUUAGCCGUGCCCGCGUCUGGAACGCUAGAAGUGCGCUUUACUGAGUUUGAAAACAAUAUAAUAUUAACGAUUUAGCUGCGCGCGAGAAAAUUUCCCCGCGAUCCGGCGUCGCGCGCAGCUCUGCGAACGUAAAAUUAAAUAUUUCGGCCAUUAUUCUACGAUAUCUUUACGUUCGAGUACCAGUCGAAGAGACACCGACACACAAAGAUAUCUGGGAUGUGUCGCUUUUAUCUCCGUUCAGAUUAAUUCCCGCCGGCGCGCCACGCACGCCGCGAUUCGCCCCGGACGGCGGAUAUCUUAGUUUAAGAAAACGAGGGCGACGCACGGCGAUGCUGUACACUUACACGCCCGCCGUGUGCGCGCCUCUGUAAAUCAAUAAAAUAAACACGAAUCGAGAAUCUAGCGCAUACAACCGGGCAGAGCAACGCGAUGCAACGCAAACAAAACACAUCGUCGUUUCUGUUCCGCCACCGUACCCGUAGCCCCUAACGAUCUAGUCCGCUAUUAAUCGUACGUUAACGAGAUAAUAUCCUAGGAAUAAUUGUACGACGUGUGUGACUGUGUAGCGUGCGUUUACCAAAGAUUUUUCGAACUUUUCACGCUAAGCAUUCCUAAUUAAUUGUUAAUUAAUCACGGUGGCACGGUGUGUAGAGAAGGUUUCGUAAAUAAAACUUGCCACGCUCUUUAUCUAUGGUAGCUCGUAAGGACACACGCUCUUUGUACAUAUGUAUAUAUAUACAUACAUACAUAAAGUAAGCCGGACGAUAUGUACUUGUCUUUAAUUUAACGUUCCAAGGUGAAGCGCCGUAAUAUAAGAGAACGAUACCGUUAAACUCUAAUCUGCAGAAAUAUUUUCUUUAGUAAAUCGCGUAAAUCUCUCCAGAAAUGUGUUGUACAUCGAUCUAAUAAAACCGUAAUGAAGGA